CUGUACUAGUGUAUAACAAUCAAAACAAUAUAAGUAGUCCUACCGACUCACUCCUACGUAACAGUAAUACCCAUCCACUUAUAGGAUCAUUGCAAAAAAGUUAUCCCCAUUUUGCUCCUCCUCAUCCUCCUCAUCACCUGGGACUUGAUCGAUUCUCACUUGGAGAGAGAGAGAGAGAGAGAGAGAGAGAAAGAAAAGGGUGCUUUGAAAUGGGACUGGUCGUGUACUGGUACGAUUUCGUGUGUUUUGGGAUAGUGGGUGUCUCAUUUGUUGGCGCCCUCUACGUGAUAUGGAGGAUGGAAGGUGCCGGAAAACAUUGCAAAAAUGAGAGAAGUAUGUACGAGAGCCUUCUUCCGCUGUCUUCUCCCAGAGAUAUUGAUGCCAAUGGGAGUAGUACUACAGCAGGGAGAGGGGGUUUAAUCACCACCACCACCACUACCCCAAACCCAAAGGGUCAUGUCAGCUCCACCCAACUCUGGACCAGUUGUUGGCGAGGCCUCCACCCUGCAUACCUUUUGGGGCUGCGUUUCGGCUCCUUUCUCAUCACCUCUGGUUUCCUAGCCUGGGAUAUCAUCGUUGAUGGCCCAUCCGUUUUGGUUUAUUACACCGAGUGGACCUUUACUUUGGUUAUUAUCUAUUUCGGCAUCGGGACAAUUGUAUCUGCACAAGGAUGCAUGGUGUACUACUCAAAGAAUCCUCCUACUGAUAUUAACGGGGAAAGUGGAGAGUUCAUAACAAGGGAUGUUGAAGAGGGUAGUAUAUCAACAAGUGCCGCGAUUACUUCCAGGGAAAAAGAAACUAGGGGAACCUAUAUCAAGUGGCCAAGCCACCAUAACCAAGAGGCAAUCCAGGAAAGAGCCGGUUUUUGGGGAUACCUUAUGCAAACUUCAUAUCAGACUUGUGCAGGUGCUGUUAUCGUUACGGACCUUGUGUUUUGGUGUAUUAUUCUCCCAUUUCUACCAAAUGUGCAUCUUAAACUGAACCUGUUGAUGGGGUGCAUGCACACGCUAAAUGCUGUUUUUCUUCUUCUUGAUACCGCUGUUAAUGACCUUCCAUUUCCCUGGUUUCGAUUAGCAUAUUUUGUGCUGUGGAGCUGCUGCUAUGUUAUUUUCCAGUGGGUCAUUCAUGCCUGUGGUUAUUCAUUAUGGCCGUACCCUUUCCUGGAGCUUUCGACGCCAUGGGCACCUUUGUGGUACUUGUGCCUGGCUGUGGUUCACAUCCCCUGCUAUGGCCUAUACUCGUUGCUUAUAAGAGCCAAAAACUCAUUUUUUUCUCGAUUCUUCCCCCAAGCAUUUGUGAAGACGUUCUAGUCUCUCUUCUGAUCUAUUAUUAUUAUUUUUUGUUUUCCUCCCAACUAGUAUUAUAUUCCGUUGGAAUGAGGCUUUGUCUGUUUGUAAAGUAAAAGCGAACCUUGUACCCAAAAGCACUACCAUCUCUCCACCCAGAAUAAACGUUUUUAGCACGUCCUGCAAUUUGUUAUGCUGAAAGAGUAGGAUUGCUCCUACAAGGUGUGUGAAAUAAUCUCCAAUUCCUCCUUA